UGGAGGUCACAAUUCCGAAGCGAACUCAGUUUUUCGUCGGCAUCGCGACCGGUAACUGGAACCCUCGAGCGACCGGUCAUGAGGCUCCUCCUGGUAAUAACGUUGGUGUUGGCCAGCAGUGCAGCCAUUAUCGUUGACGCGAAUUCAGGGCAACGGUACAGCGUUUUUAUAAAAGCGAAGAAACACGGGAAAAGAGGUCUGGACGGUUUAGGAUACGGUCUGCAAGAAUAUCAAGAACACAUAUACGGUCCACCAUCAGCGCCACCGCCGCCAGUUUAUGAGGUUCCGGCACCAGACCUUGGACAUCCGCACGUUGGACAUCCGCUACCGGAACCGUCACCCCCCGUCGUUGGACAUCCAGUCGCGGCGGUGCCUGUGCCCGUUCCGCAGCCGGUGCCUCAUCCGGUGCCGCAUCCGGUGCCGCAACCGGUCGCGAUACCCGUGACGGUCACAAAGCACGUGCCGGUCGCUGUACCCGUACCGGUUCACAUUGACCGCGCUGUCCCGGUGGCGGUGCCGGUGCCCCAACCGUAUCCCGUCACCGUGGAGAAGAUCGUUCACGUGGACCGGCCGGUCCCGGUGCCAGUCGAGAAACCGGUACACGUCCCGGUCGAUCGGCCGGUGCAUGUCCCGGUGCCGGUACCGAGACCGUAUCCCGUCGCUUUCGAGAAGAUCGUGCACGUAGACCGGCCGUACCCGGUGCACGUGGCUGUGCCGGUGCACGUGCCGAAGCCGUACCCAGUGCCGGUCGCCAUACACGCGCAUUACAAGUCGCAUUACGGCUGGUAACGCGCUCAUCGAGCUCCAUUUUAAUACAGCGAUGAUAUAUUUUUGCUAAUAACAUCAUGGUUUAACGUGUCCACAUAAUCUCUAUAAUAUUAUGUACGAGAGCCUUAUUUUUGUUACAGAUGUGUUAUUGAUAAUUCAUUAAUUAUUGCCCAUAAUUAAGCCUGACUGAAAUGUAGGUACGUUAAAAAUUGAUUAUCGCGUCAGUGAAUUCUUGUAUGUGCCUGUCUUCUUUUUUAAUAAACAAUAUUUCAUUU